AUGGAGAGAGACGAAGCGCGGGAGUACCUUGAGAGCCUGGUGGACAAGGUCCUUCGUGUGCACACCUCGGACUCGCGAGUGUUCGUAGGUCUGUUCAAAUGCACAGAUAACGACCGAAACAUGAUACUGAGCACCACGCAUGAGUAUCGCUGCCCGACAGAGUCAGCUCCUGCUGAACAAGCCUCUGCAGAGGAGACGGAAGGCCCGAAGACGCCUUGCAACGAACCACUCGAUUUUAAUACUGACAUGACCCGGCGGUUCAUUGGGCUGGUUGUGAUUCCGGGCCAGCACAUCACAAAGAUCGAGCUUGAUAAAUCUACGACAGGUGCACACGGUGGCUGA